UUCCCCUCUAUGGCCACAUAUUCAUAGGUCAAAUCGCGUGUGAAUGAAUGAGACAACGUGCAGUGACAUUGACAUUCAAUAUAAAUGAACAUGACGAAGACCAAACCGCAAGCUGAAUAUCGAUAUCUCUCUAGUAGUAGAUGACACAGGAGAAUCAUACAGGUAGUUUGGAGUUGACACUGUGCGGUCACGUUGACAGGUAGUUUGGAGUUGAGACUGUACGGCUACGUUGAUGAAGACGAAGAUCAUGACAAUCGCCACAACGAUGUCAUUGAUAAGAAGAUGUCGUGCAUUGGGAGGACUGACAUUUUUUCAACCAUCGUUUUCAAACGUUGCCUUAGAAAAUUCCGCAGGAACUUCAAGUCCAAGAAUUAGAAAUUUGCUGCGCAGAAAUGUGUCGACGACACAACCUCUAAGUGAAAAAGCAGAAGUAAAAGUGACAUUUGUCAGAGCUAACGGCGAGAGAAUCGAGACUAAGGGAAAGGAAGGAGACAGUUUGCUUGACGUUGUAGUAAAUAACGAAAUUGAUUUGGAUGGAUUUGGUGCGUGCGAAGGGACUUUAACAUGCAGUACGUGUCAUUUAAUAUUGCCAAAGGAUGUUUACGACGCAUUACCUGAUAAACCAACGGACGAGGAGAUGGACAUGUUGGAUUUAGCAUAUGAACUUUCUGAAACUUCUAGACUUGGCUGCCAAGUGAUCUUGACAAAGAAUCUUGACGGAUUGGAAGUCAAAGUUCCUUCUACCGUAAACGACGCGAGAGCGUAACGAAUGUGUAAUGUAGUUAAUGCUAGUGCGCAGUUCGAGCCGGAGCUUGGCUGUUGCGUUAUAGUUAAUGACAAGUACGUAGCGCGUGUUUGUGGUGAAUAGUCUAUUUUACGUUCAAACAAGAAGUCGGUUUCGGCCUUGUUUGUUAUAAUUUAUGUAUAGAUCCUUUAAAGUCCAUGUUUCAUUGAGAUGAGUAAUGAUACCUUUUUUGUUUUAAUCAUUUUCACCCGUACGCACUGAUCUUGAUUGUUAAGACAGCUGUUUGUAUAUCAUGUGAGAAUUUUGUGAAAUUGGAUAUUUUGAUUAAUUACUAAGCUCUUUUGUUUUUAUCGAAAUUCCUCGAUAUUGAGAAAUCAUAAAUGACAUUAUAUGAUGUUCGAAAUUAUAUAAGUUUUAAAGUUACUUAUGGUAUUUAUAUUCAACCUCGCGGUUAUUGCGUUAAUUGACAAAGCAUUGCUACACCUCUUAUUAUCCAAUGCUCUUGUGAUUUCUCAGUUGGAAGCCACAUGGCAAUUACAAAAUUUGUAGAAUGUCCGGUAGUAGAAAGUACACCACGGCGCUCGCUGGUUUUGUAAACCGGACACGUAUAGGUUUGCCUCACAGCGACGUCUUCCUUCUUCAUGGGAACUAACCAAAUCUAUAGAAAUUAAUAUAUUAGUUAAAAUCAAUCAUAUCAAUCAUUCGCAGGAAAACUCACGUGUGGCACGUUUUCGUAUAAAACUUUCGGUAGGCUUUCAUCCACGACCAUUUUAUCCAUAUUGAAUCUGGCUCCAUCCAAAAAUAAUCCAUAAAUAUAUACUCCGUCUUCAGGCGGAGUUUGAAAAACAGUUUCCUUUAGUGUCACAAAAUCAUAUACCAAAAGAUCAAUUGGUAUGUGAUAUUUUCUAGCAUAGUUCUGUCUGGCACCAGUCAGAAAAGCUUGUGUAAAAUAAAAUCCCGAAAUCCAAAAUGUAAUCGGUGGCCCAUUCUCAUACCACUUCUACAAAGAAAUUUUUCGUAUUGAGUUUUCAUAUUCGUUUGUCGAAAUUGUUAAAUUGCUUACUUGUAAGAAUUGUAAGCGUUCCAAAAAAUCAUUGACGUAGCUGCCCAGUGGUUUUAAAGAUGGAUAGGAACGGCGCAUCCAUAAAGUUGGAAUUUUUCCAGUUAAAAUUGCACCGACAACUUCUUCGAGUUCGAAUGAAAGUACAAUUAGGCCUGUAAAUUAAUAGUUUUAUUGAAUGUUGUUAAAAUCAUUCGUGAUCGCACUAGGUUAUACCUUUUAUAGCUUUUUGUACGUUAACCAGACUGCCUCUUAUACACUGCAACAAUUUAUUAAAUCUUCCCAUUUCCUGUACCAGCACAGUAUUCAUACUCUGGUUGUAAGACGUUGGAUACUUUUCAAGAGCAGCCACCAGAUCGAAGUCUUGUGGUAACUUUUUUAAAAUGUCACUCGUCACUGCAAAAACCACGUCGUCUCCAGAUUUUUCACCUGGUCCAGUGGUCGACAUUUCCUGUAGGAUGUAAGAACGUGUAAAAUUUUAAUUUCACAGUAAUUUCAUAGGGUCAGCAUUCGUAACGCCCUUACCUUUAGAAUCUAAAUGUCAGACAUGUAAAGUCAUGAUUUAAAAAAUGAAAAUGAUGCGUUUUGUUUUUAUGAUCAUA